AUGGCAUCGGUUCAGCGACUGCCGCGGGCAACAGUCAUGCUAGCCCUCCGAGUCACCUCAACCGGAGUGCUAUACUGGUGGACGACGUGGGCAGGGAACGACAUGCUGUUUGAAGACGACAAAGAACCACAACAUCUAGCCGUCCUAAACUUGAUUAUCAGCGGCAAGGCGGUGUCAUUCCCCAUCUACAGCAACCCCAUCUUCGUCGCCGCUCCAAGAUGCAUCGACGGAGCCCACCCCGUCCACGAGCGGGACCUGCCCAUGAUGCAGGACAUCCUGCGCGUCGGCCAGCUCUCGGGGCACAUCCACAACAAUCACCGGGUGCUUGUCAUUGACGCCAAGGGAGUGGCAGACUGUGAGCUUGCGGCGAGGGCUUGGUGUGCUGGGUACGACCAGCAUGGACUUGCUUUGACUGUGCGGUGA